AUGCUUGUUCAACAUUUUUUUCCUUCAUCUUCUGCUACGACAAUCUUUAAUUCUUCUUUUUCUCCUUCUUGUCCUCCUUGUAUUUCUUCAUCAUUGAUGAAAAAUAAAAAACCAUCUAUUCUUUCUCCAUUCUUUAAUUCCGAAUCAACAGGAUUUCAACCAACAAUAGAACAAAAUAUUCAUAUUGGUGGUAGUGAAAAAAUUAAAACACAUUUGUCAGCUUGGCCAAGUAAACUAACACCAGUUAUGGAAAUUCAUCGACAACGUUUUUCACAACUUAAUCCAAGAUUUAAACAACAAAAAAUAACAACAACACUUCUUCAACCUAUUCAACAAUCUGUUAUUUGCCCAGUUAUUCUUCCGUCAACAACACGUCCUCAACCACGUCAACAAGCACGCUCAAAACAACAUCAACAAACACAUUUGCCACCAACACAAACAAUUCGACGACCAAAUACAGCUCAUGCCAAACAACAACAAUCAACAUCAGAAUCUAAUCCUCAAUAUAUAACAUUGACUAAUUUAUCAAAAAUUUUACAUGUUCUUCAGACACAAGUCAAAAUAGGUGAUAAUGAAACAUCAACAGAUAUGAGUUCAUCAACUACAAAUAGUGCUAAACAACGUGUUCAACAACAUUUACAAGAUACAGCAACACGAUGGUGGAAACCAGCUCGAUCAUCCGAUUGUCAUGCUCAAGUAGCACCGCCUUCUUCAAUAUAUUCAUAUGAAACAUCUGCUACAUUACCAUCAUCAGAUAUUGUUCAACAUAAUCGACAAGAAUCCGAAAAUUUUCCAUUAAUUACAGUUGUUUCAAAUUCGACUCGACAAUUGAAUAUACCUUCAGUCAAUGGUAAUGGAGCUUCUAAAUAUGAAGAAUCAGAAUCAUCAACAGAAAUACAAACAACAGUUAUAACAUCAAUGGUUACAUCACCUAAAACAACAAUUAAUACGAAACAUACACGGCAAGAACCAUUAAUAAUGCAAGCACGUGGUAUGCGUCUUCAUUCAUAUGAUCAUCAUUAUUAUUUUAAAAAGCAGAAUAAUAUGAAUUUUCUGCAACAACAACGUUUAAUUCAUCAAACAUUAUCAUGA